AUGCCGGCCCUUUCGACAGCGGCAGGCGGCGGGGCCCGAUCGCGGGACCCCAGCAGGUCUCCGCGGCACAGAGCAAGGUUUGCCCUUGGGCCGAGGCCCGCGGGGGCCAUUCUACUGGAAGGAGGGAAUCCGGUAGGAGAGAACGGCGGGGCGGGGCCUGCCACCCACAGUCCCCAACUCGGGGACGUCACCGUCCCAGUGCCGGGAGCCGAGACGCGGAGCCCAGCGCUGGGGAGGGCACUGGCGGGCGCCAGGCUCGCGCCACAACCUGCCCGCGCCCGCCAGCGAAUUACCCGCCCGCCCGGCGCGCCCUCCUGGCGCCCCGAGGUGGGACACGCUGGGCAGGCUGCGGCGAGAUCGGACCUGGGGCUUCGGAAAGUCGUCUUGGCUGGGAACGAGGAGGUGAGCCCUGGGGCGAGGAACGCCGUUCCCGGGGAUCGGGGGCUUUGUUUGCAGCCUUCGCGGAAGGGAAACAUGGAGGCAAUAGGGAGCGACGUCUGUGUCUUCUCCAGUGUCCUUAAAGUUCUCGAUUCCCCAGGUUCGCUCGCCAUCGCCAAUGCACGUCGGUCUUACUUUCAAGUAUUUCAUAUGAUGAAAGAUUGUCUUGUCAGUUUAGCUAAAGUAUCAGAGAUCUGCUUUAACUUCGGAAAUGGACUUCACUUUGAGGCCUUAAACACAAGAAAUGAAAAUAAGUUACUUACUAAACAUACUCACUUAGUGCGGCAAAAGCGGGCCUGGAUCACCGCCCCGGUGGCUCUUCGGGAGGGAGAAGAUCUAUCCAAAAAGAAUCCAAUUGCCAAGAUACACUCUGAUAUUGCAGAAGAAAGAGGAAUAAAAGUUACAUACAGAUACACUGGAAAAGGGAUUACAGAGCCACCUUUUGGUGUAUUUGUCUUUAAUAAAGACACCGGAGAAUUGAAUGUUACCAGCAUCCUUGAUCGAGAAGAAACACCAUUUUUUCUGUUAGUAGGUUAUGCUUUGGAUGAAAAAGGAAAAAACCUAGAGAAACCGAUAGAGCUACGCAUUAGAGUUCUUGAUAUCAAUGACAAUGAGCCGGUGUUCACACAGGACGUCUUUGCUGGGUCUGUUGAAGAGUUGAGUGCAGCACAUACACUUGUGAUGAAAAUCAAUGCAACAGACGCAGAUGAGCCCAAUACUAUGAAUUCUAAGAUUUCCUAUAGAAUUGUGUCUCAGGAACCAGCUUAUCCUCCAGUGUUCUACCUAAAUAAAGAUACAGGAGAGAUAUACACAACCAGUAUUACCCUGGACAGAGAGGAACACAGCAGCUAUUCUUUGACGGUAGAAGCAAGAGACGGCAAUGGACAAGUAACAGAUAAACCAGCAAAACAAGCUCAAGUUCAGAUUCGUAUUUUGGAUGUCAAUGACAAUAUACCAGUAGUGGAAAGUAAAAUGUUGGAAGGGCUGGUUGAAGAAAAUCAAGUUAAUGUUGAAGUUAUGCGCAUAAAAGUGUUUGAUGCGGAUGAAGUGGGCUCUGAUAAUUGGUUAGCAAAUUUUACAUUUGCAUCCGGAAAUGAAGGGGGUUAUUUCCACAUAGAAACAGAUGCUCAAACUAAUGAAGGAAUUUUGACUCUUAUUAAGUUACAAUAUGCAAAAUUGGAAGAUAUGGACAAUUGGGUCUCUGUGGAUUCAGCCACAUCUGAAAUUAAACUUGCAAAAAUUCCUGAUUUUGAAUCUAGAUAUGUCCAAAAUGGUACAUACACUGUAAAGAUUAUGGCUAUAUCAGAAGAUUAUCCAAGAAAAACCAUCACUGGCACUGUCAGGAUCAUGGUUGAAGAUGUCAAUGACAAUUGUCCCACACUAGUGGACCCAGUGCAGACUAUCUGUCAUGAUGUACCACAUGUGAAUGUUACUGCGGAGGACCUGGAUGGAUACCCAAACAGUGGGCCUUUCAGUUUCUCUGUCAUUGACCAACCACCCGGAAUGGCAGAAAAAUGGAAAAUAGUACGCCAAGAAAGUACCAGUGUGCUGCUGCAACAAAGCGAGCAAAAGCUUGGGCGACAUGAAAUUCAGUUCCUGAUUGCGGAUAAUCAGGGCUUUAGUUGCCCCGAGAAGCAGAUCCUCACGCUCACGGUGUGUGACUGUCUGGACGGCAGCGGCUGCGCAGAAGCGUUUCACAGCUCCUCUGUGGGCCUGGGACCCGCAGCAAUUGCACUCAUGAUUUUGGCCCUUCUGCUCUUGCUACUUAUACCAUUUCUACUUCUGACAUGCCAUUGUGGAGAGGGCGCCAAAGGCUUUACCCCCAUUCCUGGCACGAUAGAGAUGCUGCAUCCUUGGAACAAUGAAGGGGCGCCACCCGAAGACAAGGUGGUGCUGCCGCUCCUGGCAGUGGAUCAAGGGGACAGUCUAGCAGUAAGAAAUGGCGUCGGAGGUAUAACCAGGGAAGCCAUUGUGAAAGGAAGUAGCUCUGCGUCCUUUACCAAGGGGCAGCAGGAGAUGUCCGAGAUGGAGGGACGAUGGGAAGAACAGAGAAGCCUUCUGACUAGUGGAGCUGCCCAGGUUACAGGGGCAGCAGGAGCUGUCACGGGUGCUGAAAGCGUAAGGACCACACGAGCCGCCGGGGCUUCCAGAGACAUGGUCGGAGCUCGAGUAGCUGCUGGUGCGGUGAACGAGGAAUUCUUAAGAAGUUAUUUCACUGAUAAAGCAGCCUCUUACACUGAGAACGAUGAGAUUCACACAGCCAAAGAUUGUCUUCUGGUUUACUCUCAGGAAGAAACUGAAUCCCUGCAUGGUUCCCUUGGCUGCUGCAGUUUUAUUGAGGGAGAGCAGGACGACCGCUUCUUAGAUGAUUUGGGACUUAAAUUCAAGACACUAGCUGAAGUUUGCAUAGGUCAAAAAAUAGACACAGAUAUGCAAAUUGAGCAGAGGCAAAAACCUGUCACAGAAACAAGUACGAAAGCAGCAUCACAUACACUCUAUGAGCAAACUAAGGUUGAUUCAGAGAAUACUUAUGCCUCUGGCAGUAGCUUUCAAGUUCCAAAAUCUUUGCAGGAAGCAAAUGCAGAGAAAGUAACUCAGGAAAUAGUCACUGAAAGAUCUAUGUCUUCUAGGCAGGCUCAAAAGGUAGCUGCACCUCUUCCUGAUCCAUUGGCUUCUAGUAAUAUUAUAGUAACAGAAACUUCCUAUGCCAGAGGCUCUACUAUGCCACCAAGCACUGUGAUCCUGGGUCCUACACAGCCACAGAGCCUUAUAGUGACAGAGAGGGUAUAUGCUCCAGCUGCUACCUUGGUAGAUCAGCAUUAUGCUAAUGAAGGCAAAGUCAUGGUUACAGAAAGAAUAAUACAGCCUAAUGGGGGUGUAUCUGAUCCUCUGGAAGGCACCCCACCUCUGCAGGAUGCACAAUACAUUAUGGUGAAGGAAAGAGAGAGCUUCCUUGCCCCCAGCUCAGGUGUGCAGCCCACUCUUGCCAUGCCCAAUGUAGCAGUAGGACAGAAUGUGACAGUGACAGAAAGAGUAAUAGCACCUGCUUCCACUCUGCAAUCCAGUUACCAGAUUCCUGCUGAAGACUCUGUGAAAGCUAGAAAGACCCUAGUCCCUGGAGCUGGCGUCCUUGGUGCUCUGCCAACUUUUGGUUUAGAGGAAUCUGGUCAUUCUAAUUCUACCAUGACUACAUCUUCCACCAGAGUCACCAAGCAUAGCAUGGUACAGCAUUCUUACUCCUAAAUAGCAGUCAGCCACAAACUGACCCAGAGUUUAACUAACAGGCACUGAUUUCAUGUUUUCAAUAUGCUUGGCUUUUCAUGAGUCUUAACAGACAUGCAGAGACACAUAAACAGCUUAAAAUUUCUCUCAAUCAUUGAUAUGUAAAGGGCCACACUGUCUCUGCUCCCAUGAAUGUAUUUCUGAAAUGCUCCAUGAUUUACUGAGGACAUAGGAUGAUGCUGUUUCUUAAGUGCCUUUUAGUGAUUUAUGUAAAUAAUAGUCACAAAACAAGAUAAAUGAGAAUAAAUCUGGCUUCUGAGAACUUACCAAAUUAGCACUGUAUCCAGUUCAUCAGCCAUCCAGUAGAGAACCCAAGAGACUGAUUGGGUCUCUUUGCAUACCAUAUUAACAUUGAUAUUCUAUAUUCUGUAUUUUACUGCACCUAGCAGAUUAUCGACAAGUCAGUUAUCCAAAGAUGCAUGCACAAUCUGGGUUACCAGUUCUGUUGUUGGUUUUCCUUAAGACUGGAACCUUUUUAAUCUGUGUGAGGUUGAUUAAUUUUUGGAACAAUGACAUGGCGAGAACACAAAUUGUAUGUUUCUGUGCACAUGACUAUGCAUGUAUGUGUAUGCACAUGUAUAUCGUAUGGUCUUAAAAAUAGCAUUAUACCUCAUUUAAACAGGAAAAUUUUGAACACUUCAAAUUCAGUUGAAUAAUCUAGGGCAAAAUUCAUCAAAAUAAUUUUACUUUUGAUAGUAAUAUGCCAUGAAUAAAAAAACUCAGGAUACAUUAUCUUCUUAAUAGCUACAAUUUAGAGCAGCUAAAUUAACCAAGCAGAUUCUCUAGUCAUGGCAGGGAACCAUGCUUGCUUCACUGCUAUAUAUCCUCAGUGGCUAACAUGGUGCCAAAUAGAUAUUUGUGGAAUUAAACUGAGUUGUACAAACCAUUCUCUUUUACCUACAAUUGCCAAAAAUAUCAAAAGACUUUAUAUUUCUAUAAUUUUGUGUGUGAAACUAUGAUUGUAUUCUGAUAUCUCAAAGUCAUUGAUGGGCUUACAUAACUAGUAAAUACUGUGUUAUAAAAACCUCAAACAAUUGACCUGAUUUUGCACAACAUCCUUGCCCUUCUUUUUUACACCUUAUUUUUUUACAAGUUAUUUGGGUCGUGU